CUGGAGGGAGAAAGUCGCGAUGGCCGUGUUGCUGGAAACGACGCUGGGCGACCUGGUGGUGGACUUGUACACAGAGGAGAGACCUCGAGCCUGUCUGAAUUUUCUGAAGCUCUGCAAAAUCAAGUACUACAAUUACUGUCUUAUUCACAAUGUACAGAGAGAUUUCAUCAUACAGACUGGUGAUCCACAGGGGACUGGCCGUGGAGGUGAAUCCGUUUUUUGCAAAUUAUAUGGGGAUCAAGCUAGAUAUUUUGAAUCAGAAAAAGUGCCAAGAAUUAAACACAAGAAAAAGGGGACUGUAUCAAUGGUGAACAAUGGCUGUGACCAACAUGGAUCUCAGUUUCUUAUUACUACAGGAGAAAACGUAGAUUACCUGAAUGGUGUGCAUACGGUGUUUGGUGAAGUUACAGAAGGCAUGGAUGUACUGAUGAAAAUUAAUGAAACCUUCGUUGACAAAGAUUUUGUUCCAUAUCAAGAUAUCAGGAUAAACCAUACAGUGAUCUUAGAUGAUCCAUUUGAUGACCCACCUGGUUUGGCAAUACCAGACCGUUCACCAGAGCCUACAAAGGAACAGUUGGAUAGUGGGAGAAUAGGAGCCGAUGAGGAAAUUGAUGACUUCAAGGGAAGGUCUGUUGAUGAAGUGGAGGAAAUUCUGGCAGAGAAAGAGGCAAAAACUCAGGCUAUCCUUUUGGAAAUGGUAGGAGACUUGCCUGAUGCAGAUAUCAAGCCACCUGAAAAUGUGCUUUUUGUCUGCAAACUUAAUCCUGUGACAACAGAUGAAGACCUUGAAAUCAUAUUUUCUCGUUUUGGGCCAAUCAAAAGCUGUGAAGUGAUUCGAGACUGGAAGACGGGUGAAUCCCUGUGCUAUGCUUUCAUUGAGUUUGAAAAGGAGGAAGACUGCGAGAAAGCUUACUUUAAGAUGGAUAACGUGCUAAUAGAUGACAGGCGGAUACAUGUGGAUUUUAGCCAAUCUGUUGCCAAGAUAAAAUGGAAAGGAAAAGGUGGGAAGUAUACCAAGGAGGAUUUCAAAGAUUAUGAAAAAGAUCAUAACGAAACAUCUAAGUUAAGCCUGAAGGAGAAGGCAAAGCCCAAGCAAGACACUAGAUAUGACCUUGUAUUGGUGGAUGAAGAAGAAGGAGCCAAAACAAGCCAUAGGCACUCUGAGAAGAAAAAGAAGAAACGCUACCAUUCAGAUGAUGAUGAAAAUGAAAAGAGGAGCAAACAUCCUAAGGACCCUGAGCGAAGGCACAAAGAUGACUCAAGCAGAGAGAGGAAAAAAAGUGACAAGCGAGAGCGCCAUAGAAGCCGAAGUCGCAGCCACUCACGGGACAGAGAUGACCAUUACCGAAAGUAUAAAGACAAGCACCAUGAGGAGCCCCGGGAAAGGGAGCAUGAAGACAAGAGGAGAGCCAAAAGCCCUAAGAAGUCCAAAGAUAAAGAGAAGUCCAAGUACAGAUGAAAGAGGGUAACAAGAAUGCUAAAAAACCUUUUUCUCUGGUGUUUCUCUACCACAGAAAGAACAAAUGUCAUGUGCCCUGGGAAAAAGAGAUUUCAGGCCCAGUUCUCACUUUUAAUCUUGGGACACCACAGGAGGACACCUUAGAGUGUAGAGUCCUAUAAAUGUUGUGAGAUUUCUGAAGCUGUUGGUUACAUUUGUGAGUUUGACUGAUGAACAAAGAGCAGCAGAAUGGUGAGGAAUUUACUGUCUAAAUGCAGUAAUUAACUCCCUCUACUCCAAGAACACCAUUGAAUGCCAGUUGUUAUCUUUAGAUGGCACACUUAUUCUUCUAACUAGUUCAUACGUAACAAGCUUCCUGCUGCAAAAUUACUUUAGUGUAGGUUGCAUACAGCCCAGUUAUACACUGUUCAUGUGUUAAAAGUUGAUGUGUAUGUUCUGCUAUGGGAAACAAUUUAUUAUAAAAUAUCUCAAAUAAUUUUAAUAUAUUUUGUUUUAUAUUUUUACAAUUUA